AUGGAGGUUUGCCCAUGGAACUGCGUCAAAGGAAAGGUCGGGGCCGAGACGAUUCGUUCGGCGGGUGAUUGCUUUCAUGUCAUCCUGGUGUCCGACAUACGGAAGCUUGCAUCGAACGCCGUCACGUUGAGCAGUCGCAGCACGGUGGAAGGAAAACCACAGGAAGUCGAGAUGCCCGGCGUCAUGUCGAGCAAACAAAUGCACAAGUUGCAUGGCGCAGCGCGAAGAGGAAGCAUCGCGGUGUCGGCUCCAGUGUUGGAGUACAAGACUCACGCGAUCGCGUCGGUCGUGGCGCAAGGCCUCCUCGAAGUCUGCGUCAAUACCAAGCGCUUCCAUGGCAACUUUACCUGUGACAUCGGGCUCGAAGGUCUCCACUCUGCCGUGCUCCAAACGAUGGGCUUUCUCUUCCUCCUCCAGGUCUUCACGUUCUUCAUGUCGACCGCGGCGCCCUUCGUCUAG